AUGUCAUCCUAUGUUCUCUAUGUCCUAGGUGCCCUGGGUCUCUGGGGGGCUAGCGAGCACAGUCAACGCGCAUCAUCCUGUGAUCAACUGGCUUCUGUGCUCGCGGGUAAGGUCUUCCCUCCUAUUUCGGCCACCUACAAUGAGUCCGUCGGCUCGUACUUCAGUUUCCAGGAGCAGAACGUGCGACCGGCCUGCGUCGUCCGCCCGACCGAUGCUCAAGAUGUUGCCGCGAUCGUCAAGACGAUGGCGCGCACGUAUCGUGAGUCGGGCGAACGGUUCGCCAUCCGCAGUCAUGGCCAUAUGCUCUCCGCCGAAGCCGCCAAUAUUCAGGAUGGAGUGACCGUUGACCUCCGGUCUCUCCACCAAGUCACCGUCAGUCAAGGCCGAUCAACUGUGCGGAUCGGAUCUGGAGCCUCGUGGCUGCAGGUUUACCAGACCUUGGACCCUCUGCGUAUCACCGUCGCGGGCGGACGAGACGCCUCCAUCGGCGCCGGCGGAUUCCUCACGGGCGGAGGAAUCUCUGCGAUCAGCCCCGCCGUCGGCUGGGGCUGCGACGAGGUGGUCGAGUAUGAGAUUGUGCUGGCAAAUGGCGAGAUCACCGUCGUCACCGAGGCCUCGCAUGCCGAUCUUUUUGUGGCGCUCAAGGGUGGAUCCAACAACUUUGGCGUCAUCACUCACUUCCGCAUGAAAGCCCAUCCAUACCGCCAGAUCUGGGGCGGCUUCACGGCCUACUCGGGCGACGAAAUACCGCGUCAGAUCCAGGCCUACGCUGAGUUUAUGGAGUCUAAGCAUUUCGAUCCCAAUGCCAACCUCGUGCAGUCGUACGGCUGGACCUCUGCGCAGCCAGCUGUCUUCGUGACGGACAUUAUCCUCUAUGCCAAACCCGAGCCUUAUCCGCCCGUCUUCCGGUCCCUGGUAAAUAACGAGACGCUGCUUUAUAGCACGCUACGUCGGACUAAUCUGUCGGACUUCGCUAUUGAGGAAGAUAGCUAUCAAGUCCCAGGACUUUUGUAA